CCGCCCCCUCCCCAAGGUGUUGGCGGCGGCGGGGACGCGCUCGCUCGUGCCCGCGCGCCCCCUCCCCUCCCUCCCUUCCUCCUUCCCUCGCCCCCCUCCCCUCCCCUCCCGCUCCCCCGCCCGGCUCUCCCCGGCUGCGCUGGCGGCGGCGGCGGCGGCUCGGCCAUGGCGGCCCCGGCGGAGCUGAGCGCGGAGCGGCUGCGGGCGCUGCCCGGCAGCUGGAGUUACGGGAUCAGCCAGGGCGGCCGCGUCUUCUUCAUCAACGAGGAGGCGAAGAGCACGACCUGGCUGCACCCGCUCACCGGAGAGGCCGUGAUCACCGGGCACCGCCGCAGCGCAGACUUACCCACAGGUUGGGAGGAAGCUUACACUUUUGAAGGUGCAAGAUAUUAUGUAAAUCAUAAUGAACGAAAAGUAACCUGUAAGCAUCCAGUAACAGGACAGCCUUCACAGGACAACUGUAUUUUUGUUGUGAAUGAACAGACUGCUGCAGCGAUGACGUCUGAAGAAAAGAAGGAGCGACCAGUAAGCAUGUUAGGUGAAGCAACUAACUAUAAUCUGACAUCAGAUUAUGCUGCUCAUCCAAUGAGCCCUGUGGGCAGAACAUCACGAUCUUCAAAGAAGGUUCAUAAUUUUGGAAAGAGAUCAAACUCAAUAAAGAGGAACCCUAAUGCACCAGUUGUCAGACGUGGCUGGCUCUACAAGCAGGACAGUACUGGAAUGAAGUUGUGGAAGAAGCGGUGGUUUGUGCUCUCCGAUCUGUGCCUCUUCUAUUACAGAGAUGAGAAAGAAGAAGGAAUACUAGGUAGCAUACUUCUACCUAGUUUUCAGAUAUCUGUGCUUUCUCCUGAGGACCAUAUUAACCGCAAAUAUGCUUUUAAGGCAGCUCAUCCAAACAUGAGGACGUAUUAUUUCUGCACAGAUACAGGAAAGGAAAUGGAGUUGUGGAUGAAAGCCAUGACAGAUGCAGCACUUGUACAGACAGAGCCUGUGAAAAGAGUUGAGAAGUUAACCACUGAAAAUACACCACCUCAAGAGGGCAAUAAUGUUUCAAACCAUCGGGUGCUAAUUAAGCCAGAGGCACAGAAUAACCAGAAAAACAAAGAAGCAAACAAAAAUGAAGAGAAGAAAGCUUUGGAAGCUGAAAAAUAUGGAUUUCAGAAAGUUGGGCAAGAUAAACCAUUAACAAAAAUUAACAGUGUAAAGCUAAAUCCUUUGGGAUCAGAAUACAGGACUCUACCCAUAAGCACAGUUCAGGCUGGACACUUUAGACCAGUUCAUUUAAAUGGGUCUGAGAAUAAAGCCAUUGGUGUUGUCCUGGCAGAUGCUGGAGAUGGAGGUCAGCACAAUGCAAUUCAGUCACAUAUGGAGUCUGAACGAGUUAUGCAAAGAACUAAUUCAAUGCUGCAGUUGGAACAGUGGAUUAAAAUACAAAGAGGAAAAGGGCAAGAGGAAGAAGCGAGAGGCAUAAUCUCCUAUCAGACGUUACCAAGGAAUAUGCCAAGCCAUCGACCUCAAGUUUUACCCCGCUACCCAGAAGGCUACAGAACACUGCCACGAAAUAGCAAAGCAAGGCCAGAAAGCAUCUGUAGUGUAACACCUUCAACUUACGACAGAACCAUGGGAGCAAUAACAGCCGAGGAAAAACGAAGGUCGAUGCGUGACGACACGAUGUGGCAGCUCUAUGAGUGGCAGCAACGCCAGUUUUACAAUAAGCAAACAACUCUUACUAGACACAGUACUUUAAGUAGCCCAAAAACUAUGAUUAAUAUUUCUGAUCAGACAAUGCAUUCAAUUCCCACCUCACCUUCUCAUGGUUCAAUAGCUGGUUUCCAAGGAUAUUCCCCACAGCGCACCUACAGGUCAGAAGUGUCUUCACCGGUGCAAAGAGGAGAUGUCACUAUUGAUCGAAGACAUAGGGUGCAUCAUACUAAGCAUGUCUUUGUGCCUGACAGAAGGUCAAUGCCAGCAGGUCUGAGUUUACAGCCUGUUACUCCUCAGAGCCUCCAAGGCAAAACACCAGAGGAGCUCACGCUGCUGCUAAUAAAGCUGAGACGGCAGCAAGCUGAACUGAGUAGUAUCCGGGAACACACACUAGCACAGCUCAUGCAACUAAAACUUGAGGCCAGCAGCCCAAAGUUAACUCAAGAAGAAUGUAGGGGUACACUAUACAAAUAUAGAACUGAAGAGCUGGAUAUUGAUGCUAAACUUAGCCGUCUAUGUGAACAAGAUAAAGUUGUACAAGCACUGGAAGAGAAGCUUCAACAGCUACACAAGGAGAAAUACACGCUUGAGCAAGCUUUGCUAUCAGCAAGUCAGGAAAUAGAAAUGAAUGCAGAUAAUCCAGCAGCCAUACAAAAUGUAGUCUUACAGAGAGAUGACUUGCAGAACGGACUGCUGGGCACUUGUCGAGAAGUAUCGCGAGCUACUGCAGAACUGGAAAGAGCUUGGAGAGAAUAUGAUAAACUGGAGUAUGAUGUAACAGUAACGAGGAACCAUAUGCAGGAGCAACUUGAUCGUCUUGGAGAAAUUCAGACUGAGUCAGCAGGGAUACAGCGUGCUCAGAUUCAGAAGGAGCUAUGGAGAAUUCAGGAUGUCAUGGAAGGUUUAAGUAAACAUAAACAGCAAAGAAGCUCUUCAGAUGGAGGCAUCAUGGGAUCAAGGACAUUUUCAGCUAUUAAAUAUAAAAAUGAGGGUCCUGAUUAUAGGCUUUAUAAGAGUGAACCAGAGUUAACUACUGUAGCUGAAGUGGAUGAAUCUAAUGGUGAAGAAAAAAUAGAACAAAUGUCAGAAUCAGAAUCUACAGCUAAAGGCUCACAUUUUCCUGUGGGAGUUGUACCACCCAGAACCAAAUCACCAACUCCAGAGUCUUCAACAAUAGCAUCCUAUGUCACUUUAAGGAAGAAUAAGAAGAUAGAUCUAAGAACGGAAAGACCAAGAAGUGCAGUGGAGCAGUUGUGUCUUGCAGAAAGCACGCGUCCUCGAAUGACUGUGGAGGAACAGAUGGAAAGAAUAAAAAGACACCAACAAGCUUGCCUGAGAGAAAAGAGAAAAGGACUAAAUAUUAUUGGUGUUUCAGACCAGUCGCCUUCACAGAGUCUGUCUUUUGUAAGAGAUAAUCCAUUCAAAUCAGCACAGAAUCGGAAAAAGGAUGAUACUGUAUCUAGUAACAUACUAAAGGAACUGGAGAACACCAGUAAAGAUGAUAAUUUGAAACAAAAUAAUGGAAGUCGUGGAGAAGAAACAGCACAACUAAAGCAUGAUGGAGAACAAGAACAUAAUUCAGGUUUUACUAAAGAGCUGACAAAAACUGGUGAUAUUUUAUCAGAUACACAUGUUGUAUCUGACUCAAAAGACAUGAAUGAUGAAGAGAAAGCAGAAAAGGAAAAGAAUAAUAAAUUGGAUAAAACACAUGAUGGUGAUAUAAGCUUGCAGAGCGUAACCACAGUUACAAACCACAAACCCAAAACCAGUUCAGAAGAAAGUGAAGUAGUUAGUGUUCAAGAGAAAGGAGGGAUUAUUUCUCCAUUUGAAUUAGCAGCACAGUCUUCAAAAGGAAAUCAGGCAACAGCAGUGAAAGUUUGCCUUCUUCACCAGAAUCGUCAUUGUCACCAGCUCCAUCUACACAACCACAGCUCACAGAAGGAUCACAUUUCAUGUGUGUAUAGUUACAGAGAAGUACGUCUUUUUCCCCACCCCUCCUGCCAUUUCUCUAAUAUUUGUUUUCUGAGUGUUUAUAUUGUCGUUAUCCUUCUGAGAACAUCUGUAGACAAUAAAGACGAUACUUGGCAAGAGACACACAAAGGUGUCUAUAAUGUUGAAUAUAAAUUUACCAGAAAACAAAAGAAAUAAAUGUACUGACUUGCUUGCAAGUAAUGUAUACUAUAUUCAAAUACAAAAGAAGGGACAAACUGGCUUAUCAAGCACAUUCUCCACAACUGGCAAAUAAUAGAACUUGUAUUACAUGAGAGACCUAGGCUAUUAAAAAACAGAUACUCAGUUACGCUGUGAACAUCACUGCUCAGGUGCAAAUGAAUCUUGAUGCUUCAGUCUGGGUAACGGGCAACUAGAGCCGGAUCUCUUAGUGAUGCAUCAGAGGGAGUGGUCUAAUAGUCCAAUGAGUUUAUGGCUUAAUGCAUGGAUGAAUGAAAUAUAACAAACAGGAAGGGGAAAAAUUGAGGGUGGAUGAAAAUGUAACAAUUACAAAACUGUAUGGUUUUUUUCUUUCUACAGGGAUAGCUCUACACAGCUUCUCGCCCUUCAUCUUAGGUGUUUUCUAGGAAGUUACAAAGCAUGAGUUUGGCUAGAUUUACAUGUUCCUACCUAUAGUGUUACCCACUCAAUAAAUUGAAGUGGAAAUAUAAGGAAGCAUAUUUGUUUAUAUGGAUGUUUAAACAAACUAAUAUGAUACCAGUGUAGACACUUCAGCACUUUGCCAGCAUUUAAAUCAAUCAACAUUUUUUUGUUGUCAGGAAGUAACUGUUUAAGUAAGCUUUCUAGUAAAAGAAUCAGCUUUGUUUCAAUGAUAACGUUAAAUGCCAUAGCUAAUGCAACUUAAGAAAACUUUAAAUUUGAGACUUUUCAAGUCACUUACCAUGGGGAGAUCUAAAAAUACAUUUUCUUAUUUACUGCCCCAACCUGUAUUGCCAAGCUUUCAUCUUAGCAAAAUUAGACUUAUUGAUCAUCAUAAACACCUUAUUUACAUGAACUACGUGCAGGAAACUAUUAAUAUUCUUUAAAAAAAAAGGGGGGGGGAUAUUCUCAUUUUCUUCUUGUUUUGCAUGGAAAGACUGCAUUCACCAGUGUUCCUUUAUUCCUACUGGAUGCAGUCUGUCAUAAUUAAAUUUAGUUUGGAUUAUUGUACUUUUAUUCAAAAGCAUUGUUGUGGAA